AUGACGACUGUUUUUAAAUCAACCCUUGUACCUGUCUUAGCUUUAGGCAAGAUUUUUGGUUUGAUCAACAUAUCUUAUAUACUUGAUCCAGAUGGAUUAUUAACUUUAAAUUUACACUCAACAUAUUAUUAUUCAUUCCUAGAAUUUACACGGAUGAUUGUGUUGUUAAUAUUCACAUAUAUGGUUUUUAUCGAAGAGUUAUAUUAUAUCGUACAUUACCGUUUAGUUAAAUUUUGGAUAGCUAUUAUUGCAGCAAGAUUAUCAGAAAUAUGGACAGUUAAAUUAAUUAAUGGCAUUAUACAAUUCGAUCGAAAACUGGCAUUACUAUCACCGGCAUUUCCGGUUCACCAACAUUCAAUAAGUAAAAAGAAGUGGAAUAUCAUAUUGACAUCAUUAUUUUUAUAUUUCGUUUUCUUUGAAGUAUAUGACAUGUACUUGUGGCCACCGAACACAUUUGAUAUUAAUACUUUCCUCUUAUUUUUUUUUGGAAUGCCAUAUGUUUUGGACUAUGUGGUUAUUAUAACCGUAUGUUUUUAUCUCAUUAAUAUCGGGUGUAGAUUUCAAACAUUAAACGAUUUCUGGACGUGCCUUCCUCAUGGAUCGGUAUCCGUCCCGGGCGAAUGGACGGACUCUGAAUUAGUUAUGUUAAUGGAGAGCAUUAGGUUGUUACAUGCCGAACUAUCUCAGUUGUUCAAAAUAUUCAGUUGUAGUUACGGUACACUGCUAUUAGUAUUUUUUGUUUGCUGCAUUAUCGAUAUUAUAUAUUUAAUUUAUUUGAUGAUCAAGCUCGAAAAUGUUAUAAGACAUGUACCAUUGCACAUGCUAAAUAUUCAAAUCGUUGUUUUUUUGAUGUCUGUCAUCCUCGCUGCCUCGUGGAUAAAUGAAAAGAAAAUGAAAAUGGUAUCAUAUUUACGAUUGACUCCGAUUUCAAAAGUACCUGUAGAAGUAAAACUACAAAUCAAAAUGUUUCUGUAUCAAAUAUCAAUGUUGGAAUCAGAUGAAAUUAGUGCUUUUGGGUUUUUCAAUAUAAAUUUGAAUUUAGUUGUGUCAAUUGCCAUGCUACUCAUGACUGGAUUUUCCACCCUUGUACAGAUGAAAGAUCACCCCAUUAUUUUAGCGUUGGUCAAUAAUACACACAUAUAUCACAGCAAUUGGGAAAAUGUGUAUGCUAGCAACUAUUCAAAAAAUGUUACAUCUCAUUAAAAACACAAUAGUUGUUAUUCAUUAAUCAACUGUUAUCAACAAUAUUUUAAGACGUAUUUUAAUAAAAUAUAUAAGUAGAAAGUAGUAGAUAAAUACUUAUACAUGUAAACACCUGGUGAUAAAACCACUACAUAACUUGUUAAAGUCUGCCAUUUAUAGAAAUUAUAUUAUUAUAUUUUAACUAAGUAACAAUAUCUUACCUGUACGAAUUUCAUUAU